CCCGCUUUACCCCGUCCAUUUCAAAACCAGGCACAGCAGAGCAGCGGUGAACAGCAACGACGUGGGAUUAAUCAGUCGCGACUCGGCAAACAGGCAGGCAGGCAGGCAGGAAGUAAGACGGAGUAAAGCAGGGCGAGCCCUUAGUGUCGAGUCGUUUGAAACCGGGUAUAAAAACGGCGAGGCAAAGGCGACCUGGUAGAAGACCACCGCGGCCGCCCUUCCCGCCCACCUCCCGUUCCCGCCUCUCGAAGGCCGAGCUGAAAUAGCCGACGUGUCAUGGCGCCGUUCCAGAUGCGGUUAAGGCUCCAGAUCUCGCCAGCGCACUCCGACGAGGAGGAGGAGGAGGAGGAGGAGGACGAAGAGGAGGAGGAAGAGGAGGAGGAGGAAACGGAGAGCGAGGGGACGGUCUCGCCGCCGAUGAUGCUGAGGGCGGGGAGGGGAGGAGGGGGAGGGCUGGUGGGCGCGGUGGUGGGGGCGCUGCGGAGGUCGCUGGUGAUGUGUAGCGUCGGCGCCGUGGGGGACGACGAGGAGGAGGACAGCGAGGGGGAGGAAGAGGGGAUCGAGAUUGGGAGGCCCACGGACGUGCGCCACGUCUCGCACGUCACCUUCGACCGCUUCGGCGGGUUCCUCGGCCUCCCCGCCGAUCUCGAGCCCGACGUGCCACGGCCCACUCCCAGCGCCAGGUCUAAUUUUACAUGCAGUGUGAGUGUAUUUGGGGUUUCACCUACCUCUAUGCAAUGCUCAUAUGAUCAAAGAGGAAACAGUGUGCCCACAAUACUGUUGAUGAUGCAAAGGAAGUUAUAUAUGCGUGAGGGACUUAAGAUUGAAGGGAUCUUCAGGAUUAACGCUGAAAAUAGCCAGGAAGUCUAUGUCAGAGACCAGUUAAACAGUGGAGUGGUUCCAGAUGAAGUUGACCUACACUGCCUUUCUGGGUUGAUAAAGGCAUGGUUUCGGGAACUUCCUGCAGGAAUAUUGGACUCGCUGACACCAGAACAAGUAAUGCACUGCAACACGGAAGAGGAGUGUGCUUUCCUUGCUUCUAUGCUACCACCAGUAGAAGCAGCAUUACUUGAUUGGGCCAUUAAUCUGAUGGCCGAUGUUGUAGAGCACGAAAACCACAACAAGAUGAAUGCCCGGAGCAUCGCUAUGGUUUUUGCACCCAAUAUGACUCAGAUGGCCGAUCCGUUAACUGCCCUGAUACAUGCAGUUCAAGUGAUGAAUUUCCUCCAGACACUGAUCUUGAAAACUUUAAAGGAAAGAAAGGAAGCAGCUGGACAAGUUACGGCAUUGCAAUCAUGCUCUGAUUCCCCAAAUAACCAAGAUGAGCCUCAGAUGACAGAGGAUUUGGAGAAACCUUUAGUUUUCUCAAGUCCGGAGAAACCUUUAGUUUUCUCAAGUCAGGAAGAUGUUGAUUUUCCCAUGAUUGACAAGGCCACUUCUGAUCAGUUCCUUGGAGCUGAAAAGGUUCUCCAUCAUGGCACACAAAGCGGUUCUGAUGAGCCAAAGAAGUGUGGAAUCGAUAUGGACCACGAGAAAAGCCACAGUGAUGUAUCCCCUCCUGGUAGCAAUUUGAAUAACCAAAUCAACCAUUGUGGAAAAGAAUUUGGUAACAGAAAUGUGGAAGGCUUGUUCGAUAGAUUUAGUUUUAGGAAAGGGGUUGAGAGGCUUUGCAGGCACCCCGUAUUUCAAUUGAGUAGGUCCAUGAAGAAGUCCGAAGACGUUGUGGUCUUUGAUGCCCCCAGGGAAACAAGACAAGCUUGGGUAUGAUAUGAUAAUGAUAAUGUAUGUACUAUGUAGUUGGUAAUGCCAUUGUUUUCACUUUUGUGUGUAGCUGAUCAGCCAUUCCCCUAGUUUGUGUGAGUAGAACCGGUCGGCGUGCUAGAUAUUUCAAAUUUGAGGUUCUCUGGGUGUAUAUUAUAGCCGUUUACUUCUGACGAAAGCGUCUGGAGACAUAGUAUGUGGUUUCUACUGAGUAGAAGAAAGCCACAAUGAACUCGACUUUCUGAUGUAUACCUCAAGCGUCAGUGAUCUCUUGAUAGUCUAUUUCAAACUUGCUGAUAUGAUGUAGCAUUAUCAGCCAGUACAACCAAUGCCAGUAAACUAUUCUAUAAAUGCAUUUGCUAUUUUUGAGGA